AUGGUUAAAAUAUAUAUUGACAUAAUUUUUUUCGUUGUAAUAUUGUUUGUGUAUGUGAGUAAUAAAUCUUUUGCAAGCGAACUUGCUUCAGCAACUGAUGUCAAACGUAAACCUGCUUCAGCCACUGAUGCUAAACGUAAACCUGUUUUAGCCACUGAUGCUAAACGUAAACCUGUUUUAGCCACUGAUGCUAAGCGUGAACCUGCUUCAUCAACUGAUGCUAAGCGUGAACCUGCUUCAGCCACUGAUGUCAAACGUAAACCUGCUUCAUCAACUGAUGCUAAACGUAAAUCUGCUUCAACCACUGAUGCUAAGCGUGAACCUGCUUCAGCCACUGUUGCUAAGCGUAAACCUGCUUCAGCCACUGAUGCUAAACGUAAAUCUGCUUCAGCCACUGAUGCUAAACGUAAAUCUGCUUCAGCCAUUGAUGCUAAGCGUGAACCUGUUUUAGCCACUGAUGCUAAGCGUGAACCUGCUUCAUCAACUGAUGCUAAACGUAAAUCUGUUUCAUCCACUGACAUUAUAGGUAAACUUAUUCCAACUGACGAUGUUAUAGUUAAACCUGUUCCAAUUGAUGAGGUUAUAGGUAAACCUGUUCCAAUUGAUGAUGAUGUGUAUAAAUUUCCUUCAAUUAGUGAUCUUAUACGUAAAAAUAUUCCAGCUAAUAAUACUUUACGUAAAUCUGCUCCAAUUGAUGAUGAUGUGUGCAGACUUGCUUCAAUUAAUGAUUUUAUACGUAAACCUGUUUCAUAUGAUGAUAGUAUACGUAGACCUGUUUCAAUUAAUGGUGUUAUACGUAAACCUACUCCAGCUAAUGAUGUUUUACGAAGAUUGGCUAUGCGAAAUUCUACUGUACUCAAACUUUUAUCAUGUGAUUAUGAUCUACCAAAAUCUAUUUCAUCCCUUUCGGCCCUAUCAAAACCUACUUCAUCCCUUUCUACCCCACCAAAAUCUACUGCAUCCCAUUCUACCCCACCAAAAUCUACUGCAUCCCUUUCUACCCCACCAAAAUCUACUUCAUCCCGUUCUGCCCCACCAAAAUUUACCAAAUUCACUUUCCUCAAUAGUAAAUCGAAUGAAGAUUGUGAACAAGAUGUCUCACCAACAUGCACUGAUCCUGAAGAAACUCAGAAAGCAACAGAACUUAUGAAUGAAGCUGUAACGAUUUUACAACAAAUUGCGAAAGAUAUAGACGUUUGUGAUCAUGUUAAUAAACAAUUUGACAUAGAUAUAUAUUCCAAACAGCACGAAGAAAAUACAGAGAUUACAAUAUAUGACUAUGAAAUCAAAAAUUCCAAUAAUUAUAAUGUGAUAAUAAAUAAGAUAUGGAGUCCCAAUGGUACCCAAUCUUUUGAUGAGUACCUUAUAAAAGAGAAACUUAUUCGAGUAUACAAUCCAAAUUUAGUAUUGAUGGAACAACGUCGCAGUAGUAUUAUUGGACCAUUCGAAAAAUAUUCAUAUGUUUUAGCCACAAAAGUUGAAGUAUCAAGCGAUACAACUAUAAUUGUCUUCUCUUCAGCAAAUAUAAAUGACUAUAAUAGCUCAUCUCGAAAAGAUUAUACAAACACUAUCUUAAAAAGUGCAAACGAAUUCAAAAUUAAUGUCAAUUCUGAAGAAGAUAUUAAAGAUGGGAAAUUAAAAAAUUUUUAUAUUAACUUAGCAGGAUAUAUCAUUAAAAAAGAAGGAAAGCGCAUUAAUAUUACAUGUGUCUACUCUAUAAACACUAUGAAUUAUGAUGUUUACUAUGCCCCAAGUUUCGUUACAAAAAUGGAGAGAUCAGAAAAAUUAUUAAUGCUUAGCAGCUUAAAAGAAUUCUUUGAUAGAAAAUAA